GCUUUAUUUAAGUGUUUACUGAAAGAAAAACUAGUUUUAAGGAGGCCUGUUCACGUGAUCUAUGCUGUAGAUAGCCUUGUUAUUUGUUUAAUUUCCUGGUUCUUUAGGCUCUUCUCCAGUAAAUCAUUUUUCGAUGGGCAGGCAUGUCAUACCCUUGCAGGUUGUUACACUUGCUCUCAGGGCCCUACAUUGUUAGGUUGUGCCUUAGUUGUUCUACAGAGGCUAUUGCAAUAUAGUUCCCUCCGAUAGUCGUAGUUUUUGGCCGUUGUGAUACGGUUUUCUGGCUCCCCCGGUAUGUAAGUUUUGUAAAUGGAUUGUUUAAGUAGUUGAAUGGGAGGCGGCAUGUAGUCCUAUGGAAAAAAAAAACGACGCAGAUCUUGUGCGAGUAAUGAAUGAAUGAAUGAAUGAAUGAAUGAAUGAAUAGAGAUGCAUGCCUAGCAAAAGUUUGGAGAGUUUACAAAAAGGUGUCGACUGCGUUCUGAACAUGAGCCUCGCUGUCAAACCAUCCAGGAAGCAAAGCACUUUUCUUGUGGCCCUCCCAGCACUCUUUCCUGCUAGUGCUACGUACGAACUUGAUGAUUCAGUUGAUUCUAUAACUCUUUCAUUCAUUUGCUUCUAUAACUCUCAUAGGGUAGAGGUUUAGGUCCAGCGACGCUUCAAGCACAUAAAGAAAAGUAACCGGCUAGGUCUCCCGCGUAAGUCAAAGGGUUUAGUCCCUCCAAUGAACAAACUAUAGAGCACCUAGUAGAUGUAGCUGAUGGAUUAUUGACUCGUCAGCAGACGAGCAGAGGAGAUACAACAAAGACUCACUCAUCUCACGUGCAUUGCAGUCAUUCUCUUGCAUUAGUGUACAACAGGGAUUCACUCACGUGCGGUGCAAUUACUAUCUCCUUCUAAUUUCACGCCAGCCACUCUUCACUGAGAAUUCUAGAAAUUGAAAGUCUUUUAGACCACUCAGUCUUAUCUAGCGGAGACGAAGACAGAGUCCUUUCUAGCUUGACAUGGGGUAGAGCUUAGGUAGGGUAGAUUAGGGUAGGGCUUCGCGAUGACGAGGAAAAAGGACGAUGGGGGACUGUGAGGGCCUUCCUUGGUCGUGGCCGUCCUCAGCAACCCCAGAAGAGGUUGACACCAGUGGACACGGCGGAAAGAGAUAGGCAAUUGCGCGCGAUGAGGCAAGCUCAUAGGAAUAGACAACUCGGACCUCAUCUACCGCAGACGCCGCAUAAUAUGCAGUAUCCUCAGCAAGGGCCGAUGGACCAGCUUCUGCAACGUCCCUCACCAUUGCGAUACCACAACCCGCUCGUUACGGACCCUCGGACAGACGCGCCCCGGCAAGCUGACGCGCUUGAGAUCGCCGAAAAAGUCUUCGCUGGCCAUAACACAAAGAGUCUGAACGAGUUGGACAUCUCUCUGCGUAAUCAUGAAAGUUUUGGCCAGGACUUGAUCGGGAAAAACAAGUUUCGAAUUUCGGCCACGUGCGGAAGCAACGGGGACUUUCGAACAGCGUUGGAGCACUAUGCGUCGCAACAUAUGAACCUGGCCAACGAUGAAAGAGAAGCACGAUUGCGCGGAGAGUUAUGGUCAGCUUUUAUCUAUCUGUCUCGGAAUUUUUAUCUUGAGCUCACCCUUUUGCCCUGUUGUUUUCUCAUCAUAUAAUUCGUUUUGUCGAAAUUUUGCGUCUAUCACGAUCGACCUUCAGCAUGAUGGAGUCGAAAACGUUUUUCG